AUUUCAUCUACCCAUUAACAAAUUUCCUCUGAUUCUGAUAACACUUCAAAUUCCAUCCUCUGCCUUCUCCUCUCUUUCUCUCUCCUCCCCAAUUCAGACAAAAACACUUGGAUUCAGAGAAAUAUGUCAGUAGCAGCUUCAAUCCCAAGUAUCAGACUACCAACAACAACAUCUUCUUCUUCAUCAUCAUCAUGCUCUUCUUCUUCAUCAACUACCUUGAGCUUAAGGCUAUCACAAACUAAGCCCUGUAUGUCAUUUACUGUCAGGAGUUCACAGACUGAAGGUCCUAUCAGAAGACCUACUGCUCCUUCUCCUGCUCCUCCUCUGCAGCCGCCUUCGCCACCUUCUUCAUCUCCUCCUCCAUCGCCUCCGAAGCCGGCCUCGGCCUCUAAAGUGGUUGAGGAUAAGAGUGCGAUCACAUUGGAGUUUCAGAGGGCUAAGGCUAAAGAGCUGCAGGAUUAUUUUAAGCAGAAGAAGCUUGAAGAAGCUGAUCAAGGCCCUGCUUUUGGUUUUGUUCCUAAAAAUGAGAUUGGCAAUGGCAGAUGGGCUAUGUUUGGAUUUGCUGUUGGGAUGCUGACUGAGUAUGCAACCGGAUCUGACUUCGUGGAUCAAGUAAAACUCAUUCUCUCCAAUUUGGGGAUUGUAGAUUUAGAAUGAGCUAAAUAACACCAUAUCUUUAAUUUCAUUUUCUACUUUUUACAGUUUAUACACCCCUUUGUGAUUUCUCUCAUCAAAAUCCAGAAAUUUCCCCUUCUUUUGUGUGUUGUGACCAUUUAAUUCAACUGUUUGUUGCUAUCACCUGUAUUUAUGUACUUGGAUUCUGCAUUUUUGCUCACAAUACCUAUGAGGUUCAAAUUACAACAUUUUUUUUUUAA